AUGGCUUUCCGAGGUAAUUCAGAUAAACUUUUUACGCCUAAUAAUGGUAAAUUUCUGGGAUUAGUGCAAACGAUUGCAAAGUUUGAUCCUGUCAUGGAAAAUCAUUUGAAUCUUGCUGUGGAUGGCAAAAUUGUUGAUCAUUAUUGUGUCAAUCGGUGGAAAAUUUUGACUGAUCACGUUGAACUAUACACGUUAAAAAAACUAUCUGACACACGUUGGGAAGCUAAAAUCAGUAGUGUGAAAGCAGUUCGAUACCAAAUCGGUGGAAUUCAUGACGCUUUAGUGGCUUUAUCUGAAAUUCCAGGUGGCGAUAGUCAUACAGCACAUGAAGCUAUUACUUUAGCCGAACAAUUAAAAGACUUUAGCUUUCUUGUCUCACUGAUUGUGUGGUAUGAUAUUCUUUUCCAAAUAAACAUAGUCAGUAAAUCGCUUCAAGCAAAGGAUAUGGACAUCACCGAAUGCGUAGAAAUGUUAAAGAACUGCUGCAACUUUUUAGAAGACUAUAGAAAAGAAGGUUUUAAAAAGGCCAUUGUUACAGCAAGAGAACUAGCAGAUGAGCUUGAAAUUGAACCAAUUUUUAAAGAAAUAAAAAGGGUACGACGUGUUAAGCGGAUCUUUGAUGAAAAAAACAAAGACGAACCAAUCACUUGCCCAGAGAAGAAAUUAGAAGUUGAAUUUUUUAACCCCUUGUUGGAUACAGUUUUAUCAUCAAUAAAAGAGAGAUUUCAACAUCUUAAUGAAUUUUCAAAAAUUUGGGGUUUUUUGUAUAAUGUUGAUAAUCUGCCAGAUCGAGACGAACUUUUAGAAAUGUGUAAUAGUCUUCAAAUUAAAUUAACAAUAAAUUCAAAAUCAGAUAUUGAAGGUGGACAACUUUGUGAUGAAUUGUUGAGUGUCAAAGGAUUUCUUGUCGAUAAAUCUAAAGUCAAAAUUACUCCACUAAUCAUAUUAAACUUCAUAAAAAAACAUGAUUUGCAAGAUUUGUAUCCAAAUAUAUGGAUAGCCAUGCGUAUUUUAUUAACAAUACCGGUAACUGUAGCAAGUGGUGAACGCAGUUUCUCGAAAUUAAAGUUAAUUAAAACGUACCUAAGAUCGACAAUGUCACAGAAUAAACUUUCAAAUUUAGCAACUUUAUCUAUUGAACACGAUAUCGCCGAAAAUCUAGAUACCUCUGUUCUAAUUCAAACUUUCGCUGAGAAAAAGGCUCGAAAAGUUGAUUUUAGGAAUUAA